GACAUCAUUAUAUCGACCUUUGAUCACGUCAACUUCUAUCUUGUCAAAGUGAUUCUGAUCAUAGCGUUGCCUUUUUUUGAGGACAUGUUCUCUCUCGCUCAGCCCCCGAAGGAGGUGUCUACAGAGCUGGACCACAUUGAUGUCUCUGAAGACUGCAUCACCUUUGAAACCCUCAUGCGCCUUUGCUAUCCUGUCAGUCAGCUGAAAAUAACUGACUGGACACUUCUGGAGAAAGUAUUGGAAGCAGCUAUGACAUAUCAGAUGGAGGUUGCCGCUGAUCUGCUCAAAGUUACACUCCGCGACUUCAUAACCCAGAAGCCGCUGCAGAGCUUCGCAGUGGCUUGUCGACUGCAGCUUGAAGAGGAAGCAGUAUUGGUGGCCAAGGCA